AUGUUCGUCCCACGCACUGCUGCCGCCCUUGCCCGGCGCGCCCCCGUCCGGGCCCUCGCCAAGCGCCCUUUCACAACGUCCAUCGUUCGCUGUACAUUCUCGUUUUUGCGUUCUGCGACUACAGAGGUCAAGACCGAAGAAGACCUGCUCGCUCCUGGUGCCAAGGCCGGUACCGUCCCGACCGAUCUCGAGCAGGCGACCGGUCUGGAGCGUUUGGAAUUGCUCGGAAAGAUGCAGGGCAUUGAUGUUUUCGACAUGAGGCCUCUGGAUGCUUCCCGGAAGGGAACCUUCGAGAACCCCAUCAUUGUCAACGGCGCUGGUGAGGAGCAGUAUGCCGGUUGCACUGGCUACCCUGCCGACUCCCACAACGUCGUCUGGCUGACGGUCUCUCGUGACCGCCCAUACGAGCGCUGCGGCGAGUGCGGCAAUGUCGUCAAGUACAACUACAUUGGACCGGAGACCGACCCCCACGACCACGGUCACGGCCACCACAAGUACGAAGAGCCCAAGACCUUCGUCGACUACGUCAAGCCGGAAUACUGUAUAGUGGAAUCGAAAACGAAACUUGAACGUUCUGCUCCGCGUGUACUGUUCGUGGAUCUAGAUAGAUAUUUAUCUUCUAUCUUCUAUCUGUAUACAUACAUAUAUACGUCAUUGGCUUACAUGUACUGUAUUUCAUUGAUUCGAUUCGAUUGA